UGCCGCCUUUUUCGCGCCUAUAAAAAGCGCGCCCUCGCCCCACCCUUUGCCUGUCAAGCUGAAGGCCUGAACUGAAGCGUCGAGCAAAUUAAACUAACGGAGACGCGCGGUCUGGUCAAUACUGAGUCAUGGCGACCCCGGAGGACACCGGCAGCUGGCUGCUCUACCUCUCGCUGGCGGCUAAAUGCGGCGGGGACGGCCAGCCUCACCGGUUUGUUGGGUUUCUUGUUGUCUGCGCCGUCGCCGGCCUGCUUACCUGCCUGCUGCACUGGUCCUUCCCCGGAGGGCCGGCGUGGGGGAGGUGGUGGUGGACGCGGCGCCGGGGCUGUUGGGCCGCGGCGGCGUCAGUUCCUGGGCCGAGGGGGCUGCCGGUGAUCGGCAGCAUGUGGCUCAUGACUGGGCUUGCCCACCGGAAGCUCGCCGCGGCGGCGGGGAGGCUGGGCGCGCGGCGACUCAUGGCGUUCUCGCUCGGCGAGACGCCGGCGGUGGUGGCGGGGCACCCGGACGUGGCGAGGGAGAUCCUGCACAGCCCGGCGUUCACCGACCGCCCCGUGAAGGAGUCGGCGUACGGGCUGCUGUUCCACCGCGCCAUCGGGUUCGCGCCCCACGGCGGCUACUGGCGCGCGCUGCGCCGCGUGGCGUCCACGCACCUCUUCUCCCCGUGGCAGGUCGCGGCGUCGGCGCCCCAGCGCGCGGUGAUCGCGCGCCAGAUGGUCACCGCCAUGAAGCAGCUGCAGCAGAGCGGCGCCUCCUCCGCCGCCGGCGUCGAGGUCCGCCGCGUCCUGCGCCGCGCGUCCCUGCACAACGUGAUGUGGUCGGUGUUCGGCCGGCGGUACGAGCUGCAGCUGGACCCCGUCAAGGAGAGCGACGAGACCCGGGAGCUGGGAGCGCUCGUCGACGAAGGCUACGACCUGCUCGGCCUGCUCAACUGGUCGGACCACCUCCCGUGGCUCGCUCGCUUCGACCUGCAGGGCACCCGCGCCCGCUGCUCCCGCCUCGUCCCCCGCGUCAACCGCUUCGUCGGCCGCAUCAUCGACGAGCACCGCUCGGCUCCCCCCGCCGCCGCCGCCGCCGUAGACUUCACCGACGUCCUCCUCUCCCUGCAGGGCAGUGACAAGCUCGCCGACUCCGACAUGGUUGCCGUUCUCUGGGAAAUGGUGUUUCGCGGGACGGACACGGUGGCCGUGCUGAUCGAGUGGGUGCUAGCCCGGCUCGUGCUGCACCAGGACGUGCAGGCCCGGGUGCACGACGAGCUGAACCGCGUGGUUGGGCUCGACCGGGUCGUGACCGAGUCCGACUCGGCCUCGCUCGUCUACCUCCACGCUGUCAUCAAGGAGGUGCUAAGGCUGCACCCACCGGGCCCACUCCUCUCGUGGGCCCGUCUGGCCACGUCAGACAUACAUGUGGACGGGUUCCUCGUCCCCGCUGGCACCAUCGCCAUGGUGAACAUGUGGGCCAUAACGCAUGACCCCGACGUGUGGCCCGAGCCGAUGGAGUUUCGACCGGAGCGGUUCCUCGAUGACACAAGUUUCCAAGUAAUGGGCUCAGAUCUCAGGCUCGCGCCGUUUGGGUCGGGUCGCCGAAGCUGCCCUGGGAAGAGCCUAGCCAUGGCCACCGUGGCAUUUUGGCUCGCCACGCUGCUGCACGAGUUCACUCUCCUCCCCUCGCCCGACCCAGCACGUGGCGUCAACCUGUCUGAGGUGCUAAGGCUGUCCUGUGAGAUGGCCGUCCCGCUGGCGGUGACAGCACAGGCUCGACGCGUGGCGUAAUAACAUGUCCAUAUCCAACGAUGGGUCUAGGGGGCUUACAUACUAGAUCCUUAUGAAAAACAGAGGAGAUGCAUAACAGUGGAGAUGGAAGAGAAAAGAAUAUGUGGACGAAGAAAAAGAGGAGGAUUAUAGGAAGAAGAAGGUGACCUUCGGAUUCUAGAUUCACCCAUGCACAUGGCUAAGACCAGUACUUGGUAGCAGUACCUAGUGCCUUGUAGCAUAUUUUUUUUUCUUUACUUAAGAGAUGCUGCUGCUGCUACUACAAAUAUAGGUUGUAAAGUGCUGAUGCUUUUUGGACGCCUGGUCAGCCUGCACCGGCACAACACAAAAGGCCACAAGGGUAUACAAAUAUAUGCGCUGGCGAAUGAGGUGACUGAGUGUGAUAUUUUGGUUUGUACUGCUGUUUUGGCUAAAUAUUACCCUCGGCUUGCUCUGUAAA